GUCCCGUGGGCAAAGAAGGAACCGAGGAUCUUGCUCAAAGAGUUGUCCACUCUUCUCCCCGUCAACCCCGGCCGCACGCCAUGUCCGUCCUGUCUCAGGGAUACGCCACAUCCGGCGUUGUAGAGGAGGACAUCCUUAUCCCGCUCCUUGCCCGCCUCACCACCAUCAGCACCUUGCUCGACUCGGCCGCAGCGCCACCCGGUCCCGCGGACCCAGAAGGCCCUCCGCCUCCGGCCUCUGCCGCCUCUGAUUCCAAACUCCGAGCCCGGGAGCUGCUGGAGAAGGUCCGCCGGGAGAUGGUGCAGCUGGAGGGUGUCUUCCGCCGGAUCGACGACGCCGAGAAGCGCAUCCGCUACAGCUUCGACCCCGUCGAGCAGCACCUCGACGACGCGCUCCAGCACGAGCCUCCCGACGCGGAGCGCAUCCACGCGGGGCUCCUCGCCGUCAACACCGACAUCGUUGCCAUCAAGGCCAGCAUCCGCGAGGCCUACAACCUCCACUCCGACGGCGGCGGCGGUGAUGAAUCUUUCAUUCCACCUCCCACACAGACACAGCUGUCUGCUCAGGGAGCGGGCAUGGUGAUGGCCAAGAAGAUGGGGGAGAUCCACCGUGGCCCGCAGAUGAACCACCUCAGGCUCGUCGUGGGCGGCCUCGAGGAGCGCCUACGCGGAUGCGUGCUCUGUCUCGCCGCCUUCCCGGAGGGCGCCGUCAUCAAGAAGCGCCUGCUUAUCCACUGGUGGGUCGCCGAGGGCUUCGUCCGUUCCGCCGACGAGGGCAAGAACCGCUUCGACGAGCUCAUCGCCAAGGGAUUCGUCGUCCCAACUCCCACCGCGCUCUGCGGCACGGUCCACAGGUGCACGGUGCGGCCGUGGAUGCGCGACCUUCUCGUCAGCGUAGCUAAACACAACGGGUUCCUCGAACUGAACGCCGACGACGUCGCGUUCGCGCGCCGCGCUUGCCUGCGCGGCGGCAAGACGCAGCCCGGGUUCAGCGCCGCGGUCAGAGCCAUAUACAACGUUGGCCAAAAGUACGUCGAGCUCGACGAGCGCUGGUUCGCCGGGAAGAAGGACCUGCGCGUGCUGCAGCUCGGGCAGUGGCGGGAGUUCAGCACUCACGAGCAGAUCGCCAACCCCAUGGACAGCCACAUUGAGAUCAGCGGUGUGGAGCGCUUCCGCGACAUGGAGAGCUGCAAGAACCUCAGGUACGUCAGCUUCCGAGGGAUUUCAAGGAUCGAGUCCCUGCCCGACUCCAUCGGCAAGCUGCGCGAGCUCGUGGUGCUGGACCUCCGGGCUUGCCACAACCUUGAAGAACUGGGGCAGGGCAUCACCAAGCUCGACCGGCUGGAGUACCUGGACCUGGCGGAGUGCCACCUGCUCGUUGGCAUGCCGAAAGGGCUCGGCCAGCUCACACGGCUCGAGGUUCUCAAGGGGUUUGUGGUUGCCAACAUCAACAGCAGAGAUCUCUGCCAUCUGAAUGAGCUCACAAAGCUGGAGAAGCUCAGGAAGCUCGGCAUCGUCGUCGGUAAAAUGGCCGUGCCUACUGAGGAUGAAUUCCUGAAAUUGGCCGAGUUCAAGGCUCUCGAGUCUCUGAAAAUCAGUUGGGGUGUGCUGAAUUCUGCGAAGAACGGGAACGCUGAAGCAUCACCCCGUCGUCGUUCGGUGGCGACAAUGAAGUAUGCCCUUCCUCCCAACCUGAAGAAGCUAGACCUCCAUUGCUUCCCGCUCGCCGACUUCACGCAGUGGGUUCGGCCGACGGGCGUCAAGAAGAUCUACAUCAGAGGCGGGAAGCUGACGACGCUCGGAGACGAAGAGGGCUGGGAGGCAGAGGUGCUGCGGCUGAGAUUUCUCAGAGAUCUUCAGUGUGACCGUGGUAGGCUUCAGCGUUUGUUCAGGAAGCUCAAACCUGAAAACACUGAAAUCCAUGAAUGCCCGAACUUCAUCCCUGGUAUUGAUGCAGGAGAAUCCGCUGAGACUAACGCUAAGAUAGAAGAAAUUGUCACAUGUAAUGAAGUUGCCUCUGAGAUUGAUAUUCCUCCUCAGUCAUGAAUUGGAAACAAACUGAAGCAGUAAACUGAGAGCAGUGUAAGGUGUCGUUCAUAUUUGCCAAAAUAUUUAGCUAAGAUCUUAAUAUUACUUCCGUUGGUCUAGGACAUGGACACGGUCUAUAUACCUGUUUGAUCAUUACUGUUUCUUAAUAUAUUUUAAUAAAUUAUAAUGAGAAUAUUAAAUAAUCAA